AUGAAGAGCUACGAGCCCUUCUCCUCGGCUGCGACGACGCACAAUCCGUACUACCGGCACUCCAAGUCGCGGAAAGGCUCGGGCACAUCCACGGCUGACCGCUUCUACGUGCUCGUUGGGACUGUUGUGGUGUUUCUGCUCUUUCUAGGCUACCAGAACGUCCGCAACGUGACGCCACGAAUUGACCAGCAAGCCCAAGCUGCUGUUGCGCUGUUGGAGGACAAGCAGCGGCCGACACUUCGUGCAACGCACGACAAGAUGGAGACGCAGCAGAAACAGGCGCUGAGCACUUCGCCGCUGCACUUUAAGAUCAUGACGUUCAACUUGCGGUUUGCUGGCACGGGUGAUGGACUGAAUGGCUGGCAGUACCGCAAGGAGCACGUGGCAGACAUUAUCAAUCGGUACCAUCCAGCAGUAAUGGGCACGCAAGAAGGGCUGAAGACGCAACUGGCAGAGCUGGAGGCUUUGUUGAAGCACCCGUACGAGCGCUUUGGUGUCGAGCGUGAGCAGAAUGGCGAGUUUGAGCAGCUUUUCUAUGACACGGAAGUACUGGAGCGGUUGGACAGUGGCGAUUUUUGGCUGUCGGAGGAACCCGAUACACCGGGAACGAAAGGCUGGGAUGCAGCGUGUGUGCGCAGCGUGACGUGGGGCAAGUUUCGUCUGCGAGCGACGCGGCAAGAGCUGUUCAUCUUUAACACGCAGCUGGAUCACGUAGGUGAUCAGUCGCGUGAGAAGAGCUCCAAGUUGCUCUGGGAGCGCAUGAAGCGAAUCGCGGGCGACGCACCGCUCUUCCUGAUGGGUGAUUUUAACACGUAUCGCCACACGAGCACGUACAGCUUUUUUACGUCUCAAAAAGAUGGGCCAAGGCUGCGUGAAGCCUGGCCAGAAGCGGCGAAACAGGUCGGUGACGUGUCAUUCACGUACCACGGCUGGGCUGGUGUUCACAAUGAUGGAGAGAAGACCGCUAUCCGCGCGGCCAAUCACAUCGACUGGAUCUUCUACCGUCCGGAGAUGAAAGUGCUGACGACGGAAGUCAUUACCGAAGACCGCAACGGCCGGUACCCAUCGGAUCACUAUCCCAUCCAAGCCGAGGUGCUCUUUCCGAGUCCUGCGGAACUACCUCCCCCUGCUGAGCUGUUGUAG